UUCAGAUCAUGUGCAGCUUCGAUGUUUCAAAUAUUGUUGGAGAUCAGACAAUUUUGGUCCAAAUGACUGGAAUCAUUUGCAGUUAAUCAUUAAAGGAUCAGGUCGUGCUAUUGUUAAAAAGUGUGGAUUCCAAUUAAUAUUCAAGCCGUUAGAGAAUGAUUUGGAUGUUUUCCUUCAACAUAAUCCAUGGCUGGAUCGAGCUUUACUCUACAUAGUUCGACACGAAGAUUGUCCAACGAGCACAAUGGAAGAAAGUUCAAAUGCAACAGAAGAUUUACUAGAUAGUGAAACUAGCACAGAGGAAAAUAGUUCGAGUAAUUUAGUACGCAAAGGGUCGAACAUGGCUGACUUCUCACUUCAGCGGUGGUGGGUGGAGCAUGAAGAUAAUCAAAUAAACAUCGAAGGCAAUAGUUCAAAUGAAAGAGAAGGUGUACAAGAUUGUCAAACGAGCACAGAGGAAGAUAGUUCAAUCAAAUUAGUCCACAAAGGAUUGAACAUGGCAGACUUCUCCAUUGAGAAGCAUCGAUAUUCCGUAAUUUCUCUUGAUUACCGAAAUGUUCGCCCUGAGGAGAGAUGCCAGAGGAGUUUGUUCCUAUUGAAGACGAUACCAUACGUUUCAUGGCUCCACAAGACUUGUAUGACAAGUUCCUAGGAUUGGUUCUUUGUGUGGUUUUCAGUGUAGAAGAUGGAGAAAACGAAAUAUCUUUCGACAUUCUGCCCCAUGUUAAUGGCCAAAGACGGAGUGUGCUAUCGGGAACUCUAGGUUCAUUUGAUUCGGAUCAUAUGUGGAUUCAGUAGCUCAAACCAAAUGUGCUAUGGGGAUUGUUUGAGGGAGCAGUUGAUUUUCGUCAAUUUGACGAGAUAGAUUUACGAUUUAGCCUUAAACUUAAAGAAUCGGGCGGAAUUGUGAAAAAGUUGGGAUAUGUGAUAAGAUGCAGGGAAUUAGAGGAUGAUUUGAAGGUUGUGCUUGAA